CCUCCUGAUUGGCUCAGCCCUCGUAUAUAUUUACACCAUGGCUUUAUCAAACCGCACCACAACUUUCAAACUCCUGGACGAGGAGGCACACACCAGCCGGGACGUCCGAUACUGAAAUCACAGGGCAGCCAUUCUGGGAUUUAAACUUCAAACCUUUCCAGCUACUUGUUUGUUUGUUGUGGCUGUUGGCUUCUUCGUUUUUUCCCCUUUUUGGAAAUCCUUGAAAAACUCAGGGUUUUCGUUUUGUUUUAUAUAAUUUUCUCUCUCUGUCUUUCUCUCUCUCUCUCUCUCUCUCUCUCUCGUGUCAUCAUAAUUGUUUUUGCGCAGGGUUUUGUUUGCGUGGCUUUUGUCUUAUGACGUGGUUCUCUUCUGAAGUGCCUCACUUUAGAUUUAGACACGUAAGAACUUUCAAGCACAGAAAGAGACAGCAGAACACUUAGUCUCCUUUGAGGACACUUCACGCGCUCCCCGAGAGGUUCCGCUCUUGCUGGAAUGAAUAUAUCGGAGUCUAGUUACUGUCGAGAGGCCACUUCCCAGCCGCACCGGGCCGAGCACUCAUGGGUGGCAGCCCACAGCCCUGGCACUGACCGCGGGCAGGGCUUCGACCGCAGCUUGACCACCGAGCUGGGGCCCCUGCCGGGGGGUGCGGGGUCAACGGGGGCAGCAGCAGCAGCAGCCGAGGGCAGGACUGGCAGCCCGGACUCGACGCGACCCGGCGGGCCCACCUCCUUGGGCCCAGGCGAGGGCAAGGCCACCGCAGCAGGGGGGGGAGAAUCCCGCAUCCGCCGGCCCAUGAACGCCUUCAUGGUGUGGGCCAAGGACGAGCGCAAGCGACUGGCCCUCCAGAACCCAGACCUGCACAAUGCCGUGCUCAGCAAGAUGCUGGGUCAAUCGUGGAAGGCUCUGAGCACGCAGGACAAGCGUCCGUUCGUGGAGGAGGCCGAGCGCCUGCGUCUGCAGCACAUGCAGGACCACCCCAACUACAAGUACCGGCCGCGCCGCAAGAAGCAGGCCAAGAAGAUGAAACGAGUGGAGCCCAGCCUGCUGCUCCACGGUCUGGGACAGGGCAUGGUGGGGGGCAACGAUGGCUAUGGCCAUGCCCACCCCCACCACCACCACCACCACCUGCUGGGCUUCAGGGAGCCUCCUACGGAGCAGGAGUGCUACGGGCUGCCCACGCCUGAGAUGUCCCCGCUGGACGUGCUGGAGGACGGCGCAGGCGACGUGAGCAUCUUUUUCCCACCGCACAUGCAGGAGGACGGGGCGCUGGCCCCCUGGGUCAACUACCACCAUCCGCACCCACACCACCACUCCCAGGGCCAGCACGGCCCCCACCACGCCAACACCAACCACCCCCACCACCACCACCACAGCAACGGCAACAACCCCCAUGGCCUGAGCCACGUGCACCCCCACUCCCACUCCCACUCCCACCCCCACCUCAGCCAGAAGUCUCCCUUGGCCUGCCGCCCAGUUCAGGACAAGUGCAUGCCUCAGGAGCCCACGAACCCUCACUCGCUGACCCACAUUCACUCCCACUACUCCCAGGCCUCCAUGGGCCUGUCUGAACCCACCAAAGGCCCCCACAGCACCACCUCCUCGGCCGGAUACUACAGUCAGCUAUACGGCAACGCCCCCCAGGCUGCCUUCCCCUCUCCCUUGGGACAGCUCUCCCCACCUCCUGAGGCACCUGCAGCAGGGUCUGCUCCUGCUGCUCCCCCUCAAGCUGGCCUGGACUCUGGGGAUCAGAUGGGGGCCUCCUCAGAGUUCUGGGGCGAGGUGGACCGCCACGAGUUUGACCAGUACCUGAGCGCUAGCCGGACUCGUCUGGAGGGGGGGUAUGGUGUACCCCUGUCCAAACCCGGGGGACGGAACUCCUCGUGUGAGGACAGCAGCCCGCUCAUCUCUGCCCUGUCGGAUGCCAGCAGUGCCGUCUACUACAGUGCCUGUAUCACUGGAUAAACACACACACACACACACACACACACACACACACACUCUCUCUCUCUCUCUCUCUCUCCCUCUUUCUCUUUAGGUCUCUGUACAUUCUUUUUCACCAGCUAAAACCACUACAGUGCCUUGGUCACUGCUUCACAUCUUUUCCAUUCACAAAGUCCACAACUCUCUUCUUUUCACAGACUCAGGUCAAAUCUGCUACUACUGCUAGCUGCAUGCUAGGAGGCCUUAUGUCAAUGCAGUCCAGUUACUCUGGCUAUCUCUAUCUCUCUCCAGACUGUUGUAACCUCAAAAGUAAGUUUGUUCCGUUUUUGGUUUCAGCAAGGCAGGCUAAGGUUGCUAAACUUCUGUCUUUUUCUGGGUGGACUGGAAAGUUACUGUGGAGAAGGCCUUCCAAGUCCCUGGCUAGAUUUUGGUAGCCCUGCUCUAUAAUCUACUUCAGGUUACUGUAGGCCUCAAGUGCCUCUCUCAGUACUAUAAAUCAGUGUGCAAGUUCUACCGUUGUCCAGUGGCAGAUAAGAUAAAAUGUGAAUAUCUCCAACCAUAUUUUUAUUUCUCCUCAGAUGCUUUUCUAUGUGCUGUAAUGUUUGUUUAUGAUUUUUUUUUAAUGACUUCAAUGUAUUGAAUUUUGCACUGGGUUCCCCCCAAAAGCAAAGCUGUCUGAAAUGUAUGUGAAACCACUGUCUAUAACAAACUUUGAAGACAUUUUUUUAAGAAGUUUUUUUAUUAUUAUUAUUAUUAUUAUUAUUAUUAUCAUCUUUUUAUUGCUCCAUCUAGGAGUCCUACAGAUCAUCUCAUCUCACAUGCCUUUCCAAUAAUGAUAUAUGUCUUUAAGAUGAGGUUAAAUAAAUGUUUGUUUCUGCUCAUCAAGGAAUGUAAAUUAUUUCUUGUUUUGUCAUAAAGUCUUCCAUGGCUUUUGAUUUGGAUUUGAGCGUUGGUUUUGUUUAUACAUGAAGAGUCGAAGUCAGCUCUUGAGACAUAUGUCAGGGCUGGUAAUAACUCUGGAGCUUUUGGUAAUAAUUAUCUUCAAAUAAAAAGAGUUUGCAAUAAAAAAAAAAAAUUCUCAGAGCUAUUAAAUCAAAACAAUUAAAUUGAAAACACACAAUUGUAAAUAGGAUUUCAUCGAAAUACUUUCCCACACCACAGAUUGCAUGUGUAGAUGUUUUCUUUUUCUUUUUCGAGAUGUUAUAUCUGUAAAUAUAUAUUCUUUUGUAAUGGACGUUUGUACAUGAUGUGCUUUUUUGGAUAUUUGAUAAAAUAAAGUAAGUCUUAACUUUACAGACAGUGUCUUAUGGACAG